UUAUAACAAAAAAGUAUUUUUUAUUUCAGAAAAGGAUGGAUCUGUUGGAGGCCGUACGCAAGACCCAGGUCGUGGUUCAGGUGCUCAAGAACGAGAGAGCAGACCCAGCCGUCUGGGACGCCCUGUACGAUGAGGCUGUAGACCUGGCAGCUUCCAUGGAAGUGAUGCCAUCAACGCCUCGCAGAACUAGCAAACAACAGCACAGGGACAACCAUCCUGCCUCCGAUUCUAGGACAUAUUGGCGCAUAUCCCUGUUCUACCAAUUUCUAGAUCACCUCGUGCAGGAAAUACCGUUUCGCAGCUCAGACGCUCAUUCCAUCGAGGGUACAGUCUGUCACAGAUAAAGACAUAAUCAGCCGUGUACGAAUGCUAUGCAGCGGACCUCCAGUGUGAGCGUCAACAGCUGGACCAAGAGGUCAA